GGGGCAGAGUCCAGGGUCUGCAAGUGUGAAAUAGUGAGACAAGGUGGAAGUCGAGGCUUCUCUCCAGUAAAUACAGUGCGAGAAGGAACUAACUGGGUCUGCAGCAAGCGAGUAAGGACCAUUGCAUCGCCUUCUUUCCAAUCACACCUCGCCUUCUUUAUUUUAUUUUUUUGUUUCUCCUUCCCCACGGUUUGGAAUAAAAAUCCGAUGGAAAAAUCCAAAAAUUUCCGAAUCGACGCUCUCCUGGCCGCCGAUCUCCCCAAACCUCCAACUUGCUCGCCUCUCCUCGCAACUUCACCCCAGUCCACCGCAGCCAGCCCUUCAAUGCUCGACCAGCACCCGGUCAUUUCCGACUGCCUGCGCACUGACAGCCCGUCCCCCCCGGGGCUGAGCCUCGGCAGCCUGAUGUCCAAGCCCGGCUUCCUGAGCGUCCAGCAGCACCCGGCAAUGGUCGGCCUUCAUCCUCACGGGGGGAUCCCGGCUUCGGCCCUCUACGGCCACCCGAUGUACACUUACUCGGCCCUGACCGGCCAGCCCGGCGGCCUGCCGUACCCUUACCCCCAGCUAACAGGCACCCAUCACUCGGAGCCACUCAAAGUAACGGCCGGGACCUUUCAGAUAGACCAGUGGCUUCGAGCCUCGACAGCCGGGAUAAUGCUGCCGAAAAUGCCGGAUUUCAACGCACAGGCACAGUCCAGCAUGCUGGGAAAGUGCCGUAGGCCGCGAACGGCUUUUACCAGCCAACAACUCUUGGAACUGGAACAUCAAUUCAAACUGAACAAGUACCUCUCCCGCCCCAAACGCUUCGAAGUGGCCACGUCUUUGAUGUUAACAGAGACACAGGUUAAAAUAUGGUUUCAAAACAGACGGAUGAAAUGGAAACGGAGCAAAAAGGCCAAAGAACAGGCGGCCCAGGACGCGGUGAAACAGAAAGGGAAAUCCACCGAGCACACGCCCAGCGACUCGCAGGAGAAAGCUGACAUUACCAAAAGCGAGCAGAGCAAACGAUCCAGGUUAAGGAGCGUCCGGGGCAGCGACGAGGAAGGCGGAAGUUUAACAUGUCCUUCGUCCGAAUGCUCUUCAGACGAAGAACCCGAUCAGGGUCAGACGCACCAGGGCCCGACCAUGAAAAUUAAAUAGGUUUUAUCGGUUUCCCCCCUCCGCGACCAGAUCACGUCCUCAGACAAACAGCUCGACUUAUGCAGACUCUGGACUGGCAGGUUUCUCUGAAAACCAACAGGUUUGUUUCUGUUUUACUCCAUCGGCAUUUCUAACCAGUUUGCCAUAACUUACAGGCCCGUGUAUCGCCGAACGUUAAAGAACAAGUGGGAAAUUGCAAGACUGUACCGUCUUUAUUUUUGUAUUGUAUUUAUAAGAACUGGCCCCUAGUUAUGCAUGCUAAGUUAUUGUUUAGCUAAUGUGCUGUUACGUUCCCCUUCCCCCAAUAUAUUGCAAGAUGCCGCUGUAUAUAUAAUGCACAAUAAACGUUUUGUAUGGAA